GUCACCACCCUAAUCUUUGGUGCAAAACCAAUCUACUCUAUCUCCUUGUCUCUUCGCUCACAACCACUACGACCAUGCCUGACCAAUUCCACGGCUGGGUCGCCCACUCACCCACCACCCCCCUCACCUUCACCACCUUCACCCCGAAACCCUUCACGCCCACCGACAUCGAAGUGCAAAUCACCCACUGCGGCAUCUGCGGUACGGACCUGCACACCCUCCGUUCCGGCUGGGGUCCCACCGACUACCCCUGCGUCGUGGGGCACGAGAUCAUCGGCAUUGUCACUCGCAUCGGCUCUGCCGUCCAAACCUCCUCCUCCUCCUCCUCCUCCUCCUCCUCCCCUCUCCACCUCGGCGACCGGGUCGGCAUCGGCGCCCAAACCCUCUCAUGCCUCCAACCCACCUGCACCGCGUGCGCCUCCGGCCGUGAAAACUACUGUCCGCGGAUGAUCGCCACCUACAACAGCCGAUACCCCGACCCCACCGCCAACGACAAGAAGAACUCCCGCACCGGCCCCAAAACCUACGGCGGCUUCGCACAGACCUGGCGCGGUCCCGCCGCCUUCGUAUUCCGAAUCCCCUCCGCGAUCCCCUCCGCGGCAGCCGCGCCACUGCUCUGCGCCGGGGUGACGGUCUUCUCCCCGCUACGCAAAUACGGUGCCGGCCCCGGUAAGACCGUCGCGGUAGUGGGGAUUGGCGGGCUGGGCCAUUUGGGAAUCUUAUUCGCCAAAGCGAUGGGAUGUGAUCGGGUGAUAGGGAUUUCGCGCACGGGACGGAAGAAAGUCGAUGUAGUGGAGAAGAUGGGCGCGGAUGAGUUUAUCGCGACGGAGGAGGAAACGGGGUGGGAGAGGCGGUGGGCGCGGACGGUGGAUGUGAUGAUUUGUACGGUGGAUGGGGAUGAGAUGCCGUUGGGGAAGUAUUUGCGAUUGUUGAGGGUCGAGGGCACGUUUGUGUUGGUCGGGGCGCCGGAGACGCCGUUGCCGAGGAUUCGGGCGUGGGAUUUGAUUGCCAAGGGGGUGGUGGUGACGGGGUCGAAUGUGGGGUCGAGAGAGGAUGUCAGGGAGAUGUUGCAGGUCGCGGCGGAGAAGGGCGUCGUGCCGUGGGUGGAGAGACGGCCCAUGGAGGAGGUCAAUGCCGCGUUGCGGGAUAUGGAGGCGGGGAGGGCGAGGUUUCGGUAUGUGUUGGAGAAUCGGGGGGAGGGGGAGGGGAGAGAGAGUCGGGUUGUCAGCAUACGGAGUAUAUUGUAG